CGCAGCUGGCAUGGGGGAGCUCAACGUGGCCGGCCUGGCCACUAUGGUGGCGCUGUACGUGGUCAUUUUUAUGGUCGGCCUGCUGGGUGCCCGAAAAAAGAGGCAGCAAGCCAAGGAGGUCGCCGGCGCCUCCGACAGCCGACUGCUCAUGAAUGGGGGCCGCAGCUUAGGGCUGGUCAUCAGCACCUUCACAAUCGUAGCCACGUGGAUAGACGGCGGCUUUUUGAACGGCACCGUGGAGGUAAUCACAUCGCGGGGCCUGGUGUGGUGCCAAGCGGUGUUCGGCUACUCCCUCAGUCUACUUAUGGGAGGCCUGAUCAUCGCAGGCCCCGUGUGGCGGGCGGGCUACGUGACCAUGAUGGACCCCCUGCAGGAGACGUUCGGUGCCACCAUGGCCAGUCUGCUGUUCCUGCCUGCGCUCGUCGGAGAAGUCUGCUGGUGCGCGUCCAUCCUCGGCGCACUCGGCAGCACGGUGAGCGUUGUGACCGGGCUGGAUGACCGUGUGUCCGUGGGCGUGUCAGCGACGGUGGCCGUGCUGUACACUGUCACUGGUGGCGUCUACUCGGUCGCCUACACCGACGUUGUCCAGCUGUCCUUCAUGUUCAUCGGACUCUGGAUCUGCGUGCCGUUUAUGUUUCUCAACGGGCACAUAGACCCCAUUUUGACCCUGCCGAAGGAUGAGCUGCUGGGUUCUGUGGCCACGAACGAGAUACCCAGCUACGUGGACACCAUGCUUCUGCUCACCUUCGGCGGCAUACCGUGGCAGGAUUAUUUCCAGAGGAUAUUGUCGACCAAGAGCGAAUUCCGCGCCAAGGCUCUGUCGUUUGUAGGCUUCGUGGGCACCCUUGUCAUGGCUGUGCCACCUGUGCUCAUAGGUGUUGCAUCGAAAGCGACAAGGUGGAACGAGACGACAUUCCCUAGUGGCGAGGAUCCGACGGACGACAAGUACGCGCCCAUGAUGCUCUCUCUGGCGCUGCAGUACCUCACUCCGACUGCGGUCUCGUGCUUGGGGCUGGGUGUGGUGGCGGCAGCAGUCAUGUCUUCCGCCGACUCGUGCCUUCUCAGUUGCGGAUCCAUUGCCGCCAGGAAUAUAUACGUGCCUCUCAUUAGGCCAAAGGCCUCGGACACCGAGGUGGUGUGGGUCCUGCGGCUGUGCGUGGUUGCCGUGGCCGCCGCAUCGGCCAGUCAUGGCUGUGGCGGUGCGCUCGGUGUACGACCUGUGGGCGCUGAGCGCCGACCUGGUGUACGUGCUGCUGCUGCCCCAACUUCUCGCCGCCGUUUUCCUGGGCCGACGGUGGUGCAACGCGAUCGGUUCGGUGAGCGCCUUCUCUCUGGGCCUGGCGCUGCGGGUGCUGGGCGGGGAACCUGUGCUGGGCAUCCCAGCUGUCAUGCACUACCCGCUCUACGACGGAAGCACGCAGCUGUUCCCCUUCAAAACGGUCACCAUGCUCCUGUCCGGCAUCACGUUACUAGCCGUGUCCCGAGUGGCCGAUUGGGUCACCGGCUCCAAGCGAGCCGCUCGCCUCGAGACCCCGCCUUCGCCGGCGUGUGAACGGCCUAAACGCCCGGCUCUCACUUCCAACGACUUGUGGAAAUAGCUUAGUCAUCUACUGGUUCAUGUAGGCCACUUCAACAUUGCUUCAUUGUACUGACGCUUCCGUAAACGGCACCAGAGACUUUUAGGGUUGGAAAUUGACAAACUGCAGCAAAACUAGCGUUGCUUGACACAUUUCAUCCCAUGCCUCUGAAAAUUGUCCGGAGAGGGAGGCGCUGGACGUCGUAGCGAAUACAAAAGCAGGUCUCUUCACGCCGACACACGCCGCUCAUAAUUGUGGUGGGCACCUGUCCGUGUGCAUGCUCCAUGGUUGCUCUCCUUAUGUCAUCUUGUUUAUUUUCCUAUGAGCCAACCGAAAGUGCGUGUAGUUAACCUUGUUGCUUUUGCUAUCUUCGCGGUCCCUCUCUUGAUACAGCGUAUAGGCGAGCAGCUUACUGCGCAUAACCAUGUAGUUAGCGUUAUGAACUGUUGUGUGGUUGCAAGUAUAGUACUGUAGCGCGCCUGCAAGCAUGAAGGUGUAUAUGUACAUAAAAUAGUAGUACGUGCGGUUGUUAGCAUAAGUUC